AUUACGACCGCGCUCGAUCGUCGCCAUUUACCCUCUCCAGAAACGGCAAAUAAAAUAGUCAUUGUGGGAUACCGCUAUAUUGACCGAAAUGGCAGUGUGAAAGUGUGCAGCGACCCAGCAGCAACCAACAAACAGUGCAUCCAGUCAGUGCACUGAUUCACUUCUAAUUCAGCAAAAUGUCGUCCUACAUGGAAACCCUCAACACUGCUGCAUUUGACAGCAUAAAAGAGUUUGACGCUACCCUAGCAUCGUCACGUGCUCCGUUUGUGACCAACAACAGCCACUAUGACCACAAUGAAGACCAACUCACAGUUUGGCCUGGAAGACAUGGAGGCCCUUCUCUGGGUGCCUUCCUCUCCCAUGGCUGAUGCCAUGGACUCACUAUUUUAUCACCCUGACAAAGAAAAACAACAGGAAAGAGGAGGAACCUUACUGGAGGGGGACACUUCACCAGGGUCACCCCACCCCUUUUCACCACUGUCUUCUUCUACCUCUCCUGCUCCCUUCUACUCUCCCCCAUCCUCACCUCCAACCAUCCUCCUCAAUGGGGACAAAGUGGGGACUGAGUCUAACCUGUUCUCCCUCCCUUGGUUGGACCACCCUGUCCAGCAGAGAUGUAGCCAGAUGCUCUUCGGUGAUGGCGAAGGCAAGAAUGCACUCAGUGACCUGGACUGGAUGGCUGAGAGAAUGGAUCUUAGUGAGUUUGACCUGGGCUCUCUGAUUAGCUCCUGCAGUCCUGCUGAAGAGUCUCCCGGCUCUCCAGAAGAUCUUCUGGCCUCCCUUAAUUGCCCCAUGGAGCUUGACUGUCUCACUCUGCCAACUCUCACAACUCCUCUGCUCUCAAGUCUUCCCUCUAAUUGUCUUUCAAGUAUACCUCCCCCUCUCCUUCCCACUGUGUGUUCAGAUCCUUCUAUCAGUACAGUGGAGGUCCCUUCCUCUGCACUGCGUGUUCUAGAGCCAAAAGAGGAGCUGGAGAUCAAAUCUGAGCCUGCAUCCCCAGACUCUUCCUCCCCAGUGGUUGAUUUUCCUUCCUUCCCAGCCUUUACUCUGGACCUAGGCAGUGAAGUAGAUGUCUCAGAGAGUGAGGCAAAGCCAGUGAUGACCGCUGUGGUCCCUCAAGUCCCAAAGCUUGUACUCUCCCUUUCACCAACUCGCAUAGUCCUUGUGCUGACCCCCAAAAAGGAUGAUAGGAUGACAUCAGAGGUCAUUCAUUGCUCCCCACCAGCCUCCCCUCCACAAAAGUCCCCCAGAAGCAGGUCAUACCCUGUGCAGAAGUACAAAUCCAAUCCACCCUCAAUUCGUGCGACCAAUUUCAAAGUCAAGACCUUCCAGGAUGCAGGUGGAACUGAAAGAGUUUCGAAGGUGCCAAGACAAGAAAAGAAACAAAAGAAGAUGGAGCAGAAUAAAACAGCUGCAGUACGUUACAGGCAGAAGAAGAGAGCUGAGCAGGAUGCACUUACUUCAGAGUGUGCACUGCUGGAGAGGAGGAACAUGGAACUUACUGAGAAGGCUGUGUCUAUGGCUCGGGAAAUUGAGUAUCUCAAAGAGUUGAUGGAGGAGGUCCGCUCAGCCAUUCUCAAAAAGGGUAUUGGUGCUGACCCCUAGUGGUUGGGCAUGGCUAUAACUGAUGAUGUGUAAAAAGUGAUUUACAAUGAAAAAAAAAGUACAUUUUAUUUCAGGAUCACAUUGCGCAUACUGCAUGUCUUGGAUGCAUAGUGAAGUAAAACUUGUUUGUCAGAAUGAAAUCUUAUGUAUUCAAAAGUGGUAUUAAAUAUAGCAUACUUUAGUCAUGUCGUGGUAGAUCUUAGCUAUUUUCCAUGCUUUAUAGAAACUUGUGCAAUGUCUCUUGUAUGUAUUUUUUCCCCUUUAACCAAACUUCAGUAAUUUGCAAGCUGGAUGUCAUUUUAUAGGUCUGAGUCUACAUUAUAGCAUAACUGGACAGUCUGUAAUACUAUUCUCCUAAUAAAGAGUGUGAGGCCUAAUUGUA